GUAAUUCAGGGAGGCUAGCAAUAAGAAAGAGAGAUCAGCUCUCGUCACUCUUGACUUCUCCAAAACAUUGAGCACGUCAACAACUAUUAUUUAAACUUAACUUGUAUAUAUAAAUACGAUCAUGUUCAUCCAUUAAUCUCCACGCAGGAAGAAGAAGAGAAACAAAAGAGAGAUCAAACAACAUGUCAUCUUCCCUGAAGCAGAGAAACUCAACUAGUUCCCAACCCAAUGACACCGACCAAGAGCCACCCGAGUCUCCACCUCCACAGCUCAGGAGACAACGGUCGACAUCUCACCAAGCCAUGUCACAGACCCUGACGUCAGCUGCAAACUUAGCCAACCUCCUUCCGACAGGAACCCUCUUAGCCUUCCAGCUACUCAUACCUGUCUUCACAACAAACGGCUCAUGCGAGUACGCGACUCGCGUUUUAACCUUAGUGCUCCUAACGCUUCUCUCCAUCUCCUGUUUCCUCAGCUCUUUCACGGAUAGCGUCAAGGCUGAAGACGGUAACGUGUACUACGGGUUUGCUACUCGCAAGGGUAUGUGGGUUUUCGACUACCCUGACCCGUCCGGUUUGGGUUUGCCCGAUCUAAGUAAAUACAAGAUCCGGUUCGUUGACUGGAUCCACGCUGUUUUGUCUAUGCUUGUGUUCGGUGCGGUGGCUAUGAGGGACAAUAACGCCGUGAGCUGUUUCUACCCCGCGCCGGAGCAAGAAACCAAGAAGGUUUUGGAUAUUGUUCCGAUUGGUGUUGGUGUUAUUUGUGGUUUGUUGUUUUUGGUUUUUCCGACGAGAAGACAUGGUGUCGGAUAUCCGGUCACCGGAGACGGAGGUCGCCGUUAAUGAUUCUUUAGUUUUUUUUUUUGUGUAAAGGUGGGUUGACUUUAUUCGGUUGUCUGAUCAUUUCGUGUGUUGUACGUUUCUUCUCAUGAGCUUCCUAUCUCUUAAAUAUUAUUGAUAAAUAUUUAAUUUGGUGGUUUGAUAGUAACGCAAGCAAACCUUAUAUUAUAAUACACUCAAGGUGCGUUACUUUUUACAAAAAUAUCGUCGUUACUUGACCAAUCAUAGCAGCUUAUCGAUUCUUUAUUAUUGGUAUUACAGCUAUGGCUAUACUCUGUGAUCAUAUGCUGUUAACUUCACAAGCUUCUCUUAGUCAACGAACAUGAUCUAGUUUCGUUUCUUUCUCCGAUCUACUCAUAAGAUAUAUGUGCCUAUGUGUCAUCCUCAAUAAUGGGAUGCUUUUCAAUCAAGAAAGCUUUGUGAUAACCUUCCCUUAAGACAAGAGUCUGGUUCGAAUCUUGUGUGACACGUAAUGGUGUACCAAAGCCGUGUUGAACCUCAUCCCUAAACCCUAAAGACUCCUCUCCAUUCUCCGGCAAUCCCUCGAACUCAUCCUCAUCCAAGUAAUCAAACGAGGUUGACGAUUGCUUCCGGUAACCUGUAGGGUCCGGUUCAGAUAUGAGAGUAGGAUCGGAUUCGGACUAUGGUUCCGUAUCCGGAAGCCUGGAGUCAGACUGAGUCACGAGAGGUGGAGGGAGAGAGUGGUGAAGCUCAGUGGAGUCUUCAGCA